AUGUUCUGUCUGAGGAGCUGGCUCCCCCUCCUCUUCAUCCCCACAAACGCCUCCCCCCUCUUCAUCCUCUCCUUCGUCACCCUCACCUACCUCCUCCACCGACCAUGCAUCUACUGCUCCGCCCUCCUCCUCAUCCUCUUCCUCUCCUCCUGCAACUGGUCCGACCACUGCUUUGUGGAUCUCCGCUCUGACUGGUUCUCACCACGCUUCCCUUCCCCGUCUUCCUCCUCUGAUCUCAUCUCCGCCUCCUCCUCCGGGGCUGCCGCGACAAUGACCUACCCCAACAGCGACUCCCUCGCCGGGUUCGUCUUCGACUCGAUUAAUUCCACGACGAAGGCCUUGGCAGGUGCCGCUAUGGAGGAAGCGCAGCGUCGGUUUGCGGCGAAUGGGUCGUCUAUCGCUGCUGCGGCGGCGGCUCUCCCCGCGCAGGAGGAGUGGACGGGAGUUGGGUUGGAGUGGUUGAGGAGUUUGUUGGGGAGACGGGAGUGGACGCUUCCUUGUGUGGAUGUUAAGGUUAGACUUUAG